UUAAGUGAUAUAAUAUCAUUGUCCUUUGAUUUAUAAAAUUUAAAUGUUAAAAUAAAUUAUAUCAUAUAAACAAUUAUAUCAACACUUUCGACUAUUUGAAAAAGGAAAGAAAAUGGCGGCAACCAGUGACGAAGAAAUGGAUUCCCUGCUCUCCAAUUUCGGUAAGAUCUUCGAGGAUUUCAAGAGCAGCAUUGCAGAAAUACAGUCGUUGAAAUCGAACUGUAUCGCUGAGAUGAAGAGGCGUGAAGCCCUAGAAAUCACUUGUAAUAAUAUCAAGCAAGAGAAUGAGCGACUGAGCAAAUUGUACACAGAAUCUCUAAAUAAUCUUGCUGAGCAGCUUGAACGCCGUACCAAAUGUCAGAGCCUCAGGGAAGAACUUAAGAGAGUAAGUGAUGAACGUCUCCAUCAAGACGAUGAACAUAGGAAAGCCAUAGAGUUGCUCAAGCAAGAUUAUGAUGCAAAGGUUGGACUCUUAGAGGGUCAAAUCCGGGGCCUCCUGCUUGAAAAAGCAACAAGUGAAGCAACCAUAAAUCUCCUCCGCGAAGAUUUAGCAGCACAUAAAACUCAUAUACAGACUCUUGCAAAGAGAUUCGACCGCAUCCAAUUUGAUGUGGAAUCUAAAUAUAACCUUGAGAUUCAGGAUCUGAAGGACUGUCUUAUGAUUGAACAGGAAGAGAAAAAUGAAUUAAGCAAGAAACUCCAGGAACUGGAGAAGGAAGUGCUGAUCAGCAGAACAAACCUGGUUGAACAUCAAAGAGAUACGAUUUCAAGUCGGCUUGUAGAAACGCUUCAACUGAAAAUCAUGAAACUAAGGAAGGAGAAGGAGAUCCUUAAGAGGAAGCUCCCAGGUUCAGAGGAGGAUGGGUAGAGAAAUGGUAUCUAAAGUAAGCUGUUUGGGGUGUUCAAUCGGACCUGUCUAUCAAGAAUCUUAACCAAGCAAGUAUGUGUGGAAAGCUGACCAUUUGUAGCCUGGCUUUUCAAUCAGAUGCUGUAGACAUUCUGCUA